AGCGCUUUUCCUAACAAUUGCAGUGAUAAUUUGAUUUGAGUGUCCAUCCAAGAACGUCAUCAAAAUGUUCGAAAUAACAGAUACUCAAAAAAUCGGAGUCGGGUUGGCUGGGUUUGGAAUAGCAUUUUUGUUUCUGGGGAUGCUUUUACUGUUCGACAAAGGACUGCUAGCUAUAGGAAAUAUUUUGUUCGUGUGCGGGUUAGCCUGUGUGAUAGGAUUGGAGCGAACGUUUCGCUUUUUCUUCCAAAAACAUAAAGUUAAAGCUUCUAUCUCGUUCUUCGGAGGCAUUCUUAUCGUGUUGUUCGGUUAUCCGCUGAUCGGCAUGCUCAUUGAGAUGUACGGAUUCAUACUGCUGUUCAGUGGAUUCUUCCCUGUUGCCAUUAAUUUCUUGCGGCGUGUUCCGGUACUAGGGAACAUUCUCAACAUGCCGGGCAUCAGUAGAACAGUUGACUGGCUUGCUGGAGAAUCAGAUAGAACAACGGUAUGAUAGAAUUAAGUACAUAUUCCGUGUGAUCAGUGAUCAUCGGCUUCCUGGUGAAAGUGUUUAAUUCCUACAAGCUGUGCGGUCUACUCAACGGUAGUGAAUUGAAAUGCGAACCAGUACGCAAGGCAAAUACCUUAUCAUUGAUUACAGUAUUUGUGCUCAUUUAGUUAAGUUUGUACGUAUUAGGGACAGUUCUCGUUUAGUUAGGUUCAUUUUUAAUUAGAUACUUGGCCAAUUUUCACCAA